AUGCAGGCCCCUAGUGAGCACCCAGUCUCUGGCCCCAGUGAUGGUGAGGACACCAACGCCCACCACCGGGCCAAGAUGUCUGAACCCCUAACCCUCCAAGGGGAUGCGGUGGCUCCGCUGGAGCAGCUGGACUCGCAGGAGUUCCACUCACUCCUGGACGCCACCAUGUCACGGUCGGUCACCCAGGCGAUUUAUUCUGCAAUGGGGGCUAUGUCCGACAAUCUCUCUCACUCCAUCACUACUGCUCUUAAGGCAUCCACCACCAAUUUGCCCCGCGCUAGAGCCGUGGCAGACGGGUCAUUACGCAGGGAAGGCCGGAAGGCCAUAAGCAAAACCCAUCAUGUGCAAACUCCUACCUCCAAAAAAGAAUUGACGGACAGGGUACGUCCUGUCACCGCUGAGGUCGUGGGGCCCCCACGAAAGAGAGCCACCCGCCGGGCAAAAGCGGCGCGGACGUGGAAGAGGGCAAAAGCCCUGUCAGAUUCUUCCGACACUGAUUCGGAUAGUGAGGAGGUUUUGAACGAGUCCGACGAGAUCGACUCAAAUGAAUGGGAGGUCUCCUCCCCGGACCAUAGUCCGCCACGAGAUCCAAAUACCCUAAGGUAUGAUAACGCGGAUUCGUCCGCCAUUUUGGAUCCACAGGGCGAACCUCUGUUCGAUCCCGAUACAUUACAGAAUCCUAGGUCAGCGGAGUGGUUCCCAACUGAGCAUGUGGCACGCUACAUAGCAGCCAGAAUCCGUAAGCCUUUGGAUAAGGCCACCAGGAACAAGUUGCGGGCAGAAUGCCCACGGCCAACAGUCCCCGACAUGGCCUGUGCCACGCCGGAUAUAGAUCCCAAGGUAGCGCAGUUCCUGGGAAAAACUGGCUGGAAGGCAAAGAAGGGAUUACUCCCUACGCCACUGCCAGGACAAGGUACUCGAUACACUCGGCCCUAGUGCCAAAAUCUUCGAGCUGGUUGAAGCAGCCUUAACUGAGGGGACACCGUUAGAUUUGCUAGCCAUUAGAGGCUGGGCCCAGAGAUCCAUUUGCCUCAUCGGCAACGCUAACGCUGCGCUAGCCACUGAGCGGCGCAAAACCAUCCUUAUGAAAAUCGAGCCCAAGCUCGUAAACAUGGCCCUCACCGAACCGGGGCCACAAGCCAAAGGUCUCCUAUUCGGGGACAAUUUUGUGAAGGAGUUAAGCACUUACGUAAGCACGUUUACGGCCCUAGACAAGGCACAGACAAGCAUAAAAAGAGUGUUCUCUCCCAGAGUUUUUGGUGGGGCCGGCAGACACCGGGGCCGUCUGCCCGGCCGUUCAUCCCGCGGUUCAUACCGGGGAUACCGAGGUCCCACUACGGCUAGAUUUCAGCCGCCAGAAAACAGAGCACCCUCGCCCUUUUUUCCGGUCAGAGGCAGACCAUGGCAACCUCGAGGAACCAGAGGCACCUCAUACAGCCGACGGCCUUAUGGUGA